CUUGGAUGUAAUACCACAUGAUGCUGACAUCAUCUCACCUUUGCAAUGGCUGUGGUUAUAAGUGUCAGUACAUAGUGCUGCUCUAGUAAGUAGCGUUGACACUGGAACAUUCAUUCCUAGCAGAUCGCUUGGUGUUCGAGAGAGAUGGAUUUGAAACAGCGAGAGUUGAAAGUUAGAAUUACACUUACAAUUGAAGGAGGUGACUUUUUCAUUAUGAUGCUUCUUCUUUGGACAUUUGUUGGCAGGGGGGUUGAUGGUGAGACAGUGACUGGAGUGUUACAUGAGCGAGUGGAGCUUCGAGGACGUUAUGGACACAAUCCAGAUGUGGAAGAAGUGGACUGGGCUAGCUAUACUGUAAAUUCAACAAAAAAAUUGCUAUAUAGCGUUAUUAAGGCAGGAAAUGCUACAUGCUUUUAUCGCUGCCAAAAUAUUUCAUUUAAUUUAGAGAAUAUGAGUCUUAUUUUGGAUCAUAUCACAAAGAAAGAUGAAGGCAAUUAUGAGGAGAAAACCAUCUUUAAAAAUAAGACCAUUCUAUAUUUUAAUAUCACAUUAUCUGUACCAUAUUUGGAUCCAAGGAUUCUAGCCGUAUCAAAAGUCAAUGUCUCUUGUAUCUCUGGCUCUCUGACCCUGAAUUGUGAGACCAGCGGGAAGUUUAAGCAGCUGCAGUGGUUUAGAAAUGGCCUUCCGUUGCCUGAUGACCAGAGAUUCUCCCUCAGUGAUAACAACAAGACCAUGGUGUUGUCCAACCUGACCAGUUCAGACUGUGGCAACUACACCUGCCAAGUAUCAGAUGCACACGGAACAUCAGCAGCGCAUGUUAUUGUCAGCGAAAAUGCUUGUCCGCAGGAGAGUUUUUCUAAACACAUCCUGUUCACUGCUGGAUUGUCACUCAUCUGUCUUCUAGUUUUGAGCAUCUCUUUAAUCCUCCUCUGCAAAUAUUAUGAUCGUAGAAAAAUAAAAAAUGCUUCAAAUGAAGAACCUCUUUACCAAGAGCCCACGUCUUUUCAGCCAGAAGCUGUUACUCCAGCUGUGGAGCCUUUGUUAGUUGUCUACCAGGACUUCAGAAAGCCAGAAGAGCCCACGUCUUUUCAGCCAGAAGCUGUUACUCCAGCUGUGGAGCCUUUGUUAGUUGUCUACCAGGACUUCAUAAAGCCAGAAGACUCCCAUCAGUCUGAAGACUUUGGCUACUCCACCAUCCCAGAUGUUAAGGAGAAAAUUCAGCCCUCACAAUCGUCAAGCAGCAAGCUACCGAAAACAUGACCUAACGGGAUGAACGUGUUGCUUUGUACAGUGUAAAAAGUUGAGCUCAGUUCUGUGGCCUUCUAUGGACUGCAGUUUCUCUGUGUGAACUCAAAAUAACUCAGAAGAUUCAUCUUUUUCAUUUUUUUUUAAGAAGAAGGAGGCAAAAAUUGAUUUCAUAUUUCAUAUUGCAUUAUAUAUUCAAUGAAUAUUUGGACUUUUGAAGAGUUUUGACUAGUUUCUCUGGUUUAACCAGAAUACAUGCAUUUAAAAGUAAAAAUCAUAAAGGAAUAAUAUCUUUUGUUUGGUUAGUAACAGCUGGAACAAUUUUCAAAGAUUGUGGCUGUACAAACUAUCUGCCGUUCUUAUUUAUCAUAUAACAUGUACAUUUACUGUAGUAGUUUUUUUUCCUUUCCUCCACUUUUGUCAGUGUUUUAUCGUCACUCAUGUGCUCCCAGUGGGACAGCUUGGCAUUCCUUUGCCAGCCUCAUCUAUCACAUCAGGAGUAUCACAUUGGAAGGUACACCAAGUGUACACCAGGAAGGUCAUGUACUUUUGGCAUCUGUUAUUACCCUGGAGCUGGUAGAAGAGCUAGCUGCAGACAACUUCUUGUGCAUUUCUGUGAUUCCUACAUUUACAGCAUUUGGCUGACACCUUUAUCUAGAGCGACUUACCUUUUAUAAAACUGAGCAAUUGAGGGUUAAGGGCCUUACCAGCAGACACAGUUGUUGGACCUGGGAUUUGAGCUUGCAUUUUUCUGAUCUGUAAGCCAACACACUAACCAGUGAGCAGGCACAUCCACAUUGUACACAGCAUGUAAGGAUCUGUGUUAGUUCUCCUACACCUCUUAACAGCCACUGUUUCAAUAUUCUGAUGUAGAAUGGUCAAUGGCCAUGGACCUCAUCACAUAGCGACUGGAAUGAUAUCCCUGGCUGGAAAACCACUGCUUUACAAAGCUGAUCAUGAAAAUAUUCAGGCGCCACAGGAGCUGACAGGAGAAGUCUGUCGUGAAUUGAGGAAUACAAAAACAUGCAUGAUGAAAUUAGAUAAAAUUACAGAAGAUGAAAUCAUAGAAGUGUGUUAUUUCAACAUUUCAACAUAACCUCCUCAAUGGAUUUACCUUCAGUGUCCUGGAUAUAAGCAAGACUUAAAUACAUGUAUGCAAAUUCAGGGGUAAGACUUUUAUUUUUAAUAAGGCACAAAAAUACACACAUUUUCUUUUCAAGCCUGUUCUAACCAGUAUGAUGACUAUAUUAUAUGAGAUUAAUCUGUAAACCAGUUUCAACUGCACUUGUAAAGACGUCGCAUGUUAGUUGUGUAGGAACAAAUGUCAAACAAAAGUAAAUCACUGGAAAAGAUCAGGCUGGAAACUGUUGCAGAGGUGUUAGAAAAACACUUAAAAAUUACAAACCUCCCACACCUGCUUUGCUAUUCAUGCCAUUUAUACUGUACCAUUAAAAAUUAUCACUGACCUAAGAUAUAAGGUUUGAGCAACUUUUUCAAGCAAUUUGCCAGACACCUAUGAGGACGUUUGUCUUUGUUUACUAACUUGUGAAAUAAUAGACAUUAUUGUCACUUCUGAAAUAAUGUGUUGGAUUUCUGCCAUAGAGUUCUUGGUUCAACUAAUUGUAAUUGUAAUUUCUUUUUAAAGUGCUAUUUAUAUUGGUGGCUUGGCCUUAGUGUUUUUGCUAGUUAGAGUAGCUUUCUUUUGUUUUAAUGUCUGCUUUUUUUUAAUUUUUUUUAUUUUUUAUUAUACUGUAUUGUUGGUUGUAUGUAACUUUUAAAUUAAGUGUUUUGUAUGACUGCUUGUGAAGCAUCUUGACCAACGUCUGUGGUAUAAUGUGUGCUAUAUAAAUAAUAGAAAGAAAGACAGACGAAAGAUAGACAGAUAUAUAGAAAGAUUUAUUUUGUUGCAGUUUUUUUUAUUGACGCUGUAUGUUUGUUUAUAGAUCAGUGAAAUAAUGCACAAAGGUAAUAAAAUGAGCAUCAUAUUAGUUUUCAGAGAAGGAGGAAGUCAAAAGUUCUUUAUCAGUUAUUUAUGCAGUCGAAAUCCUGUAGGUGGUGAAACGUUUGAGACUUGAGAUGGUGAUUAUUUAAAAUGGGUCAGCUGUCAAAACUUGACAUUUAUUCCCAGUAUGGCAACAUAAGACAACCACUUUACUACUUUUGACACUUUUAAGUGUAAUUUAUUAUUUGUUACUAAUUUUGAUCGAUUCAAUUUGACCCCUAUGUCUUGAAAUAUUUAAAAAGUCUGUUGAAAUAAAGAGUGUCAUCAGUUCAA